GCCUCCCUGCACAAAAAAGAAAACCACUUGUUUCAUUCCAAACCAACCAUGCUUUUUCUUACACGCUGGCGCAGAGUUUUUACCCCAACAACUUCUUUUGUCCUCCGACUGUAUCACAUGUCCUCCCCCAUGAGCUCAGUAGGUCAGUCCGCCCCCAAGAUGGCCGACAAGGAGAGUUCGGUGGAAAGUUUCCCUCCGCCCCAGGAGCUUCUGACUCCGCUGAGGGUCCCGCAGAAAACCCUGCUAGGCCCCGGCCCGUCCAAUGCGUCUCCGAGGGUCCUUGCUGCGAGUGCCUUGCCGCUGUUGGGGCAUCUUCACCCCGAGUUUUUGCAGAUAAUGGAUGAAGUGAAGGCUGGGAUCCAGUACGCGUUCCAGACGAGAAAUGAGCUGACUCUGGCUGUGAGCGGGACGGGCCAUGCCGCGAUGGAGGCAGCGGUGGUGAACAUGGUGGAGCCUGGAGACGUGGUGUUGGUAGCUGUACAUGGGCUGUGGGGGGAGAGGUGUGCUGACAUGUGCUCCAGGAACGGUGCUGAGGUCAGAACAAUCACCAAGCCCAUUGGUCAGAACUUCACACUGGAAGACAUCCAAAAGGGUAUUGAGUACCAUAAACCGUGCAUGUUCUUUAUCUGUCAUGGUGAAUCUUCUGCUGGUGUUCUACAACCACUGGACGGGAUUGGGGACAUCUGCCACGGAAAUGACUGUCUGUUGCUGGUGGAUUCAGUAGCAUCUCUUGGAGGGACUCCUUUGUACAUGGAUCAACAAGGAAUCGACAUCCUGUACAGUGGAGCACAGAAGGUGCUAGGUGCCCCGCCCGGAGCCUCACCUAUCUCAUUCAGUCCCAGGGCAAGGGGCAAGCUGGCUCGCCGCAAGCAAAAAGUUCCCUCCUUCUAUUUUGACAUGAACCUGUUGUCUGACUACUGGGGGGUCGGCCUGCAAAAGGGACAGCCCAGGAAGUACCACCACACUGGCCCCAUCAGUAGUGUCUAUGCAUUGAGGGAGGGUCUGGCAAAACUUGCAGAAGAAGGUCUGGAAAACUGUAUCAGUCGUCACCAGCAGAACGCCCUCCUCCUGCAUCAGGGUCUACAGGACAUGGGACUGGAACUCUGGGUGAAGGACAAGUCUGCCAGACUGCCCACAGUAACAGUGGUGAGGGUACCAGAAGGGGUGAACUGGAAAGAUGUGGCUUCCUACAUCAUGAACAAGUACUCCAUUGAAAUCUCGGGAGGGCUUGGAGCUUCAGCUGGGAAGGCGUGGCGUAUCGGCCUGAUGGGACACAACUGUACCAGAGAUAACGUGGAGUUGGUCCUGCGCGCCCUGAAGGACGCCCUGCAACACUUCGGGGUGAGAGUCCAGGCCAGGCUCUGAGCACAGCUAACACAGGGGACAGGGUGGACUCACCGGUGCCAGUUUUUCCAUCAAUAACAUUAUGGAACUUUGUGGGAUGGCAAUUUUUUAAAACCUGGUUCAAGGUUCACUGGGUCAAGGGUCCCUCAGUUCCAAUGACUGCUCUCCAUCUCUUCCUAUCCUCCAUAGACCUUGACAGACAAAAGUAAAAAAUCUGGGGUAAAAAUAUGAAAUUUUUUAAACAUCCAAAGGACCAUUGACAACCACUCUCAACACCAUGAUUUGCCUCUCAAAUUGCAGUUUUUGAAGGCCUGAAAAUGCUGAAUUUCCCGGGGGAGCAUGCCUCCCCAAAUCCAAUGAUGAACCUGGGCUGAUGG